AAAGGAUUAUAUAUCAUCAGUCCGGACAGGAGUGUUGUCAUGGAAACACAGUAUUUAGAUCUGAUAUAAAUCAUUUUCUGUACUUGAAAAGAUCCAUUCCGAAUAAAACAUGGAACUUGAAUUAAGCAAGAUUACUGUUUCGUUACAAGCCGACGAAAAAAAUCGUCGCAGACAAGCAUUAGAAGAAAUAAUGAAAAAUAUAUCUCGGGAGGAGAUGUCGAGCAGACUCGACGAUCUGAUCAAAAUGUGGGAAAGUGUGAAUAGAUUUCUAGUCAGAAUCUUGAAUGACAAUACUGAGACAUGUCGGGAUCUGACUGUAGGAAUACUGAAAAUUUUUCUCGAAGCUCUGCCGCCUAAUGACAAGCACAUAAUCUACGUUAUACCAAUAAUGUCUAGACGAUUAGGGGCACAGGAACAGAUUGAGCCAUCGGAGGAAGUACGCUUGAAAUGCGUGUCUCUUUUGCGUAUAAUAAUCACGAAAUAUAAGGAUUUGCUAGUGCCAUAUAUUCAGGAUGUGACAGGAAUAUUGGCGCGCACCGUUAUGGAUAAUUAUCCGAAUGUAAAGAAGGAAAGCUGCAAGUGCAUAUCGGAUUACGCGAAGACUCUACCGAGGCAUUUCUAUUCGCAGUCGGAGCAUCUGAUAAAACCUAUCUUGAAUAAUUUUACGCACCAACAUUACAGAGUUCGGCUCGCCGCUGUUAAAGCGAUAGGUGAUGUUAUCCAAUAUGGGAAUAGCAAAUCGAUGGAAGAAGUGGCAACUCCUUUGGCGCAGAGACUCUUUGAUCAAAGCGGAAUUGUCAGGGAAGCUGUAAUUGAGGUGUCUGGCUACUGGUUGACACAUCUACCUGACAGAUAUGGUUGGUGGCACAAGCUUCUUCCAUUGAUUUUGACAGGAUUGCAUGAUGAACUCGAGGAGGUUCGUGUGAAAGCAGCAAACUUGUGGGAUGCUGCUGGAAAAUUGUACAUGGAAGAGAACGAAAAUGACAAAAAGUUGAAAGAUAAGAUGGAUUUUCUUACAGAAGAUCCAGAACAUUAUCCUCCGGAAAUUUCUAGACCAAAUUUAGGAUGCCGUGUGAUUGCACAGCAGAAUUUAUGUAAGCUAAUUAAUGGCAUUAGUGUCGAACUUGGAGAUUGGUUGCCAGAUAUACGUGUACGCUCUGCGCAAUUACUUUGCGUAUUGAUAUUAAACGUCGAAGAGGAAGUUACGCAAUAUAUUGAAAAGCUCUUGCCACCUAUGUAUCGUGCUUGCAAUGACGAAGAUAAAAGAGUUGUGGGAUGUGUGGAAACCGCUGCGCGAUAUUUGGGCUACUUUGUAGAACCUAAGAUUUAUUGCCAUUUGGUGCUUCCCACUCUGGAAGAAUGUUUAACAGCUGGACACCUGCGUGUCUUCGCAGCGAUUAUCAGCGGCAGCGAACGGAGAGCUCUCUCGUUAGAGCUGGACAGAAUUUCGAAUUUCUUGCAGCAACCAUAUGUUUGCCAAAGCAGAAAGAGCAAAUACCAAUGUCAAAUACUAUCUUGCUGCGAUUCCCUUCUCGCAGUUUGUAAACAGGACUGCGUGACGAUUACUCAAGAAUUAUUCACCGUAAUAUUCACCGUGUAUGCAAUGAGCGUAGAAUCUUUCAUUCGCGAGGAAGCGGACAGACUCUUGGAAGUGCUUAUCGACAUAAAUUCACUAAAGGAUAACGAGGAUCUUUUUCGCAAACACGUAAAACCAUUGUUAACAUCGAUUCACGACGAGUGUACCUCGUGGUCAAUUUACAGUGCGGAGUCGCAAAUUUUUUACGCUUGUCUAAAUCGCGCUGGACUUGCCGUAGCAUAUAGUAUGGACCUCGCAUUAUCUAUUCUCAAGAAAACCAUGAGCAAGGAGGCCGAUCCAGAGUUGAAGCUGCGACACUUUAUUCUGCUUUCGGAGUACUUUCUUAACAAUCAGACUUUACAUCAACAUAUCGAAGAUCCGCAUAAAUUCGUGAACACGAUUAUCGAGGAAUUGGUUGUGCCUGGACUCAUCUGGAGUGCUGGCAGAGCGGCUGAAGCUAUUCGUACAUCCGCGGUUUGCUGUCUCUGUGCCAUCCUGGAGAACAAGAUAAUUAAUUCUGGCGAGAAAGUCGACGAUUCACUUGCAAAUGAAAAAUCCAGAAUUUGUAUUACAGUAGACGAGUUUUCGUCUAUUUUCGACAAAGUCGUGCCCAUUUUGGUCAGUCUGGUGGAUGAUAAAGCAAAGAAAACUAGAUUAUAUUCCAUGCGCGCCAUUUGUUUAUUAAUAACAGUUGGUCAGGGACUAUCUUGUCUAAACGACGAACAUAUCCACCGUAUAUAUCCAGUAAUAUUGAAAAGACUCGACGAUGGUUGCGAUGACAUUCGCUAUGCCGCUGUGGAAGCACUUGUUGACAUAUGGAGCACUGCAUCUGAAGAUUAUGAUACGAUCGGUAGCAGAAGUCAUAUCGAUACUCUGUAUACGACAAUGAUUAUUCAUUUAGACGAUCCAGAGUCUCGUUUCCAAGAGAUAAUGCUAGAUGCUUUAAAGCGGGUUGCAAAAAUUUAUCCUGAGUUAUUGCAUCAAAAAUUGCAUAAUUGCCAGCCAAAUUUUAGAAAUAAAACAGGAAUAGAUGUACUUUUGGAAUAUUGUCAAAAUAUAUUACAAAAAGCUUAAACUCACUUCAAAAGACAUACAACAGAUAUUUUGUAAUCUUGAAGAUAAACGAGAUAAGUUCUAGUAUAAUAUAAUAUAGAUUAAAAAAAGUUAGAUAUAAAUUAGGCAUAAACUUUUUCAUUAAUAUCUCGUGUUAAAUAUAUUGAACUUAUAAUAUAAUUGUCAUAAUUUUACAAAAAAAGAGUAUAGCAAUUUAAAAAAUCAACUUUUUAUAUUUAUACAAAAUGUAAUAAAAAAAGAAAUAAUUCAGUUUAUUUUAUCAAAAUUAGAAUAAAAUAAAAAAUCCAAUAAGAGUAAGAUUAAAAAAGGUUUGACGUUGAAUGAUUAUGAAUGUAAUUGAUGU